GCACUAUAGAGGUCUUUGAAUCAUUGGGCCGGGCCUGUCAACAGGUGGCACAGGGAGAGGCUUCACGAGCGAAGUUCAGUCCUUCAGAGAAAAGAGAGAAAGAAGGUAGAGGAGAAAGUUUAAGAAAAUCCUCAAGGCCAUGACCACUAGACUCCUGUGGAGGGCCCUGUGCCUGCUGGCCCUGCUCUGUACCAUCUCACACUUCAGCUCCGCCGACAACCACCCAGACCUCUCAGCCCCAGAGCAGGGAGUCACCUUCAGCCACGUCUAUAAAAUUGAUAUCCCAGGGAGCUCCAGUUGUAAACUAGAACACCUGCCAAGCAAGGACGAAGCAGGUCUACAGACAGGGACCAGUAUGAAUGGAGAAAACGACAUCAUCCUCAGACACAACAUCAGGCUCCAGACGCCCAAGUGUGACUGUGAGGAAUCUGAAAGUUUCAAGGCUUUGUUGUACAGGGUCAACGGGCUGGAAGAAGAAGUCAACUACCUAAAGACCCAGUGUGCUCAGGGCUGUUGUGGAAGAGGUGGUGCUGCAGGUGUGGACACAAGCUGUAGUGGCCAUGGUACUUACCAACACGACACCUGCAGCUGCCUCUGUAACCCAGGAUGGGAGGGCCCAGAUUGCUCAGUGUCCUCCUGCCCAGACGAGUGCAAUGACAACGGCCGAUGUGUGGAUGGGAAGUGUGUGUGCCAUCAGGGCUACACAGGGGAUGACUGUAGCCAGCAACUGUGUCCAGACAACUGCAAUGACAAGGGGCGGUGUGUGGAUGGAAAAUGCGUGUGUUUCUCACACUUCACCGGCGAGGACUGCAGCAUCCAGAAGUGUCCUAAUGACUGCAUUGGUAACGGCCAGUGUGUGGACGGCAAAUGCAUCUGUGAUGUAGGCUUUUAUGGGGAGGACUGUUCAUUAGUCUUUGGCCCUCAGGGUCUGCAGUUAGUCCGGGUGACUGACGUCUCCCUCCUGGUUGAGUGGGAGCCCGUUCUUGGGGCAGAGUAUUACAUUUUGACAUAUCAUCCCAAAGAUGAUGAGAGUGCCCUAGAGCAGGUUCAGAUUUCCAACACAGAGAACUCCUACCUCAUCACAGGACUGACUCCUGGGGUCACCUACAUUGUCCAGGUGUACGCAGUCAUCAAAGAAAUCCAAAGUGAAGCAGACAAGAUUGAGGCUACCACAGAUGUCUCGGCUGUUGAUGAUAUCCAAGUUCUUGGCCAGACAGAAGUCUCUAUCCAGGUGGACUGGAAGAACCCAGCAGCUGAAGUGGAUCACUUCAGGCUCACACACACUGACCCAGAAGGACAGGAAGAGGAGCUAAAUGUACAGAGGAGCCAGGAGGCACGCACCAAACACACUAUUGUGGGUCUGUAUCCAGGAACAGAGUACCUGAUCUCAGUACAGGCUGUCAGAGGAACAAAAGAGGGAAAAGUGUCCUCUGUCACUGGUGCCACAGACAUUGAUGCACCGACAAACCUUGUCACCACUGAGGUGACAGAGGACACCGCAACAGUUUCAUGGGAUCAAGUUCUGGCAGAAAUCGAGGGCUACAUGCUGAGCUACACCUCUGCCGAGGGCUCCAGUUCAGAGAUCGCUGUGGGCCGUGAUAGGGCCUCAUACAGGCUGAUUGGCUUGAGGCCUGGAGUUCUCUACACGGUCUACAUCUGGGCCUUCAAGGGAGACAAAGUCAGCAGGAAGAGUUCAACAGAAGCUGAGACAGACCUGGAUGCCCCUACUAAUGUCUUGGCCCAUGAUGAGACAGAGUCCAGCUUCAGGGUUUCCUGGGAUCACACUGAGGCAGAAAUUGAUGGCUACGUCCUAACCUACAGCUCUUCUGAGGGCUCAAGUGAGGAAAUCCCAGUUGGAUCUGACAGCACAUCUUACAUGCUGACUGGGCUGAGGCCCGGGGUCAUCUACACUGUCUAUGUCUGGGCCACCAAGGGGGACAAAGCCAGCAGGAAGGUCUCAACUCAAGCAGAGACAGUACUGGAUGCUCCUGCUAAUCUCUUAGCCCAAGAUGAGACAGAGUCCAGCUUCAGUGUGUCAUGGGAUCCGGUCCAGGCAGAAACUGAUGGCUACAAACUAGUCUACAGUUCUUCCGAGGGCUCUAGUGGGGAAAUCCCAGUGGGGCCUGGCAGAACCUCUUACAGUGCAACUGGCCUGAGGCCCGGGGUCCUCUACACUGUCUAUGUCUGGGCUGUCAAGGGGAACAAAGCCAGCAGGAAGAUCUCAACACGAGCAGAGACAGAACUGGAUGCUCCUGCUAACCUCUUAGCUCGAGAUGAAACAGAGUCCAGCUUCAGCGUGUCAUGGGACCCGAUCCAAGCAGAAAUUGAUGGCUACAUCCUAACCUACAGCUCCUCUGAGGGCUCUAGUGAGGAAAUCCCAGUCGGGUCUGACAGCACCUCUUACACUUUGACUGGCCUGAGGCCUGGAGUUCUCUACACUGUCUACAUCUGGGCUUUCAAGGGGGACAAAGCCAGCAGGAAGAUUUCAACAGAAGCUGAGACAGAUAUCGAUGCACCCAAGGACCUGAAGGCUACAGAUGUGGCACUGGAGACUGCUUCUUUGACCUGGAUUCCUCCUCUGGCUGAUAUUGAGGGUUAUAUCCUUACCUACAGAGAUGAGGAUGGCAACAUGGAGACUGUUGAGAAGCAGCUUGGAGCCAGUGAGAGCAGUUUUGCUGUUUCCAGUCUGGAGAUGGGGAAGAGGUACAUUGUUACCAUCAUUGCCUACAGGGGCAACAAGAGGAGCAAGGUGGUGGAGACCAUCUUUAAAACAGUUGGCCUCUUGUACCCUUUCCCCAUGGACUGCGUUCAGAUCAUGAAGAAUGGCAAUAAGAAGAGUGGCAUCUACACCAUCUAUAUUAACAAUGACCGCUCCAAACCAAUUGAGGUCUACUGCGACAUGGAUACUGAUGGAGGCGGCUGGCUGAUGCUCCAGCGUCGCAACAGUGGCAAGCUGGACUUCAUGAAACGCUGGAGACAGUACAUAGCUGGUUUUGGUGACAUGACAGACGAGUUCUGGAUCGGUCUGGAUAAGAUAUAUGAGCUCACCAAUACUCCUACUCAAUAUGAGUUGCGGUUUGACUUGGGCCUGGGCUCAGAGAGGGUCUACGCUGUAUAUGACAACUUUAAGAUAGCUCCGGUCAAGCAGAAGUUCAAACUCACUAUUGGCAAAUACAGUGGAACAGCAGGUGAUGCCAUGACCUACCAUCAAGGCCGACCCUGGACUACUAUUGAUUCAGAUAAUGACAUCGCACUGGGUAACUGUGCCCUGACCCAUUGUGGCGCCUGGUGGUACAAAAACUGUCACCUUGCCAACCUGAACGGCAAAUGGGGAGACAACAGACACAGUACGGGAGUGAAUUGGGAGCCAUGGAAGGGCCAUCUGACAUCCCUCGACUUCACAGAGAUGAAGAUCCGACCUGUUGGAGCCUUGUCCAGCAGGAAGAGGCGAUCGUUGCUGGCCAGAGGGAAGAGCAGAAACACAAACCUCCAAAAGAAAUAAAGUAGCACCUCCUUCUAAAACCACAACAGCCAUCUUCAGCCAUGUUAACCUGCCAUCACAUUAGACUGGGAUUUAACGUCUUAUUGGUUUAGCUUAGAUCACCUCUUUAGAUGCUCUGACCACACAGGAAUUCCCUCUGGUCUACAUGCCUCUGUGUGUCUCAACACUUGGACAAUAUGAGUAAUUUUUUUUGGGGGGGAGAGAGAGAGAAGGAGAGAAAAGCUCAUAUGCAAUAGUAACUUAUUGUCUGUUUGUCUACAGUGAGAUUCAUCGAAGAAUUCCUAGGUUUAAUGUGAUUGUGGGAAAGCAGCAAAUACAAAACUGCUUUUGAGUUGUUUUGAAGUGAAUUAAAGUUGAACAUUAAUGAGUUUAGUCUUUCAGUUAUAAUGUAUUUGUAAUUUUAAAAACUCCUGUUUCACUGAUUUUGGUAUAAACCUCAACUAUAAAUCAGGAAAUAGCAGAUUUAGGUAAAAUUGGAAACCAAGAAAUCAAUUUUUUCUCUAAUUACUGCAUUAAUUUUAACUUUUUUUCUUAAAAAAAAAAAAAAAAAAUCAGGGCAGCAGCCCAGGUUAUUUGUAUUAUAUUUGUUAAUUUCAUGUUCUAUGAAGAAUUUUCAGUAGCAACUUUUCCUGUGUUUAGUAGUGUUGUCAUAAUAACAUAACUGUUAAAAAAAAAAAAAAAAAAGUGGUAAAAAUGGUUUAUGUGUUUUUGUUUUAGAUCAGGUAUCAA